GCAAAUUUUAGUGUUUUCUGUUUUUUUUGCAUAAUACUGGUGCAAAGUUUCUACGUUUAUGAAAACUGUGGAGAGUCCCUCGAGGACAUAAUAUUUAAAGCCAGAAAUGGGUGGUGCAGUGAGUGCAGGAAAGAAUAAUGAUGAACUGAUAGAUCAUUUAGUUGAAGCAGAAUUCAUUAAAACCCCAACAGUACAACGCAUCUUUCGAUCUGUGGACAGAGGUGAUUACUAUCUCCCAGAUCAGAAAGAAACUGCAUACAGAGAUAUUGCCUGGAGGUCUGGAAACCUGCAUUUGUCUGCCCCAUGUGUCUACUCAGAAGUCAUGGAAGCCUUGAAGCUGAAAGCCGGUCAUUCAUUCCUAAAUUUAGGAAGCGGUAGUGGUUAUCUUAGUACAAUGGCUGGACUGAUUUUAGGUCCCUAUGGCACAAAUCAUGGAGUAGAGUUAUAUAGUGAGAUUGUAGAUUAUGCAAAUGAUAAGUUGCGCAGCUUCCUCAGAUCUUCCAGCGCCAUUGAUGAAUUUGACUUUUGUGAACCUGUGUUUCAUGCUGGCAAUUGUUUGUUGUUAGACAGUAACUGUCAAUUGUAUGAUAGAGUGUAUUGUGGUGCCUCAUGUCCUGAAGAAUAUGAACCUUAUGUUAAAAACCUGAUAAAAAUUGGAGGAGUACUAAUUCUGCCUUAUAACGACAAGCUAUUAAAGAUAACAAGAACUAGUGAAACAACAUGGCAGUCUGUGAAAGUUCUCUCUGUCUCAUUCUCUCCUUUAAUUAUUCCACUUUCUUCAAAAGACCCUGUUACACAUAUUAAGCUUGGUGAUUUCUCACCACCGCAGUUACAACAUCUAUGUCGUUCCAGCAUCAGAUCCAUUUUGAGAAAAACUAUUGAUACAGAGCAUCCUAAUUUAAUUUUGAAACACAGAAAACUGGAGCGAAAACAGAGGAGGCAAGUUCGGCGUAUUGUCAUUCCAAUUUUUGACGAGAGUGAUCUGAGUAACAGUCAAAGUAAUUCCGAAGUUGAAUAUGACUCUGAUGGACCAGAGUACACAAUUAGCUCUAGAAUACCCUCAAGAAUGUCCGUGCUUUUAGAGGAUUUCCUCCGACGCCAUGCAGAAGUUUCAUCAAUGGACACUGUUGAGCAAUCUUUGAGGAAGAAUGAAGAAAAUGAGUUGAAAGAAAAAGCCCAAGAAUCGGAUCAUCAAACUUCUGAGAAGGAAGACGACGACGACAGUGAGAAUGAAACUGACUCUGGUAAAAAACCUGGUGACAAUAAUGUAUUUAUUAGUGCAGCGCAUUUUACUUUUUCAAAUAAAAUUGCAUCCACUUCCACAGAUACAUCAUCCAGCGAUGUCUCUCCUGCACAAACUAGCAAGUCAAAGAGCUCUAAGACACGAAAGCGUAAGCAUCUAGAUUCAGAACAAACACCAAGCACCAGUUCGGGCGCUACAUCUAAAAAACCAAAAGUGAAGCGCAGAGCUGCUACUGUCGUUUGGAAGAGGAUUAUCCCUCGGGAUUCAGAUUCAGAAGAGGAAAAGGAGAAAAGGGCUAGAGAGCAGGAGAAGAAAAAUGAUGAGGAAAACUACUCCAAUUUCAUGAUUCAAAAAAUUGCAGCAUUACCAUUACCUGUCCCGUUAUUAAGAUAUCUCAAUUACAGAAGAGACACUUUAUAAUUAUUCUAAUUAUCUUUGUAUUCCUUAUGCUGUAAAUUAUAUAUUAGUGAGAUAAAAUAAAUUGUUUUUCUUGU